AUGAACAAUCAGCUCGACAGCCCUUGCCCCGGGUCUAGGUCCAGCUUUGGCAACGAGCAGUUUACCCUGGCUGGUGCUUGGAACGAUGAUGACACUCUGCAUAAUCUCGAAUACACAGCUGCAAUCGACUUCCCACCAGAGCCACGAGCCUCCUCACUGACGAAAGCAAAGCCUCGACGAGCAUCAAAAGCGCCAUCUUUCACCAUUCACGAAGAUAACAGACCGAACAGUACCACUGCAACAGCCAGACAGAGCAGCUUGAAGCGGAAGACGCAAGAUCGCGGUUUGUCUAUCCUUGCUCAACCAGCCCAGCGCUUCCAGCGUCCACGCGUCAGUUUUGCAGAAGUACAGAGCAAUGCUUCCUCACGGCCUCGGAAGGUUAUUGACAACACUGCAAAGCAGCCAGAGAAUAACACAGAGCCCAAGUCACGAAGCAGCCAGAAGCCUUCGGAAAACAAUGGCUUAAAGAAGGAUGUUCGACGUCGUACGGUGUACAUUCCCACGGAAGAUACAACUGUGCCAACAGUCUUCAUGAGUUUGUUUAGCCCGCUGAAAUUGAUGGAUGCGCACACGAGCAGCAAUAUCAAUACAGCAUCCGCCGACGAGACAGUACCCAUCUACAGCUUAGAGGAACGUAUUGCGGCGAAGAAGAAAUCCCGGAUGCCUCCCGCGGGGAAGCCUCAAAGGGCACCACUCCAACAGACCCAAAAAGCCACUCAACAAUCAGCAAUAGUCAGGGAUGUUGUGGGUAGGAAUGGAGGAAAGGAGAACGUUCCGCCAGGCUAUCUGAUAGAAGGGAAGGAGUCUUCGAGAGAAAAACGACCACCUCCCGAAUUGGAGGUCUUAUCAAAGGAGCCACUGAAGAAGACACAACAGGCAAUUCACAGCACGAAAACGAAGGUGGUCCAAGCGCGGGGAAAUGAGAAGCCAGCGUGCAAGCUCAUCGGCGAGAAGUCCUCAGAGAUGUUAAUGACCAGGACUGGUAUAAAGGACAUAAAUGGGUCCUUAUCAAAAAAGCAAGAGGUCAAACGAAGCAUUGCCAAGAAUCGCGCAGAUUUGAGUUCACGACCUUCGAAGGAAUCUAUUUUGACAGAAAAAUGUUCGGCCGCUCCUACUCAUCUCUCUGUUCCUAAGGUGCGCCCGGUGAAUAUCGAUCAGCAAUAUCCUCGAUUCAACAAUGAUAUUUCGAAUACAGUCAUGUACGAGGAUGACUGGCUCUCACAUCAAGAAAUUGUCAUAACCCAGCUAGUAAAUGGUCUUUUUGAUUCUGUAGGGGGAGAGCAGCAUGGUCAAGAUCCGGAAGUGCUGCGACAUGAACUCCUUCAUAUCUACCAGAAUAAUGCCUUUCUUCUACUUUACAAGCGCCUUCAGGCUUCAAUUCUGUACGGCGCUCUGGCUCCGCCUAAGGACGUACUCCGCCGAGGUUCCCGUCUUCCCGACGAUCUGGGCCUGAAAAAGUCGUUCCUAAAUCUCUGGUUGGAUACUUAUGAUUUGCACGCUUUAAGAGGAGCAGCUGAGACAGUAGUUGGACGCAAAAUGACUUUACAGCCAAUCCGAACAAGCGUUGGGUCGUCAGAUUCAUCUGCUAAGCAGCAGAAGGUGCUGAAGCGCGCCGUAGAGGCGUUUCUGGAUACCUUCGUUAUUCGAAAUAUGGACAAGGAAGAGAAUGGAGAUAUGCGAAAUGAUGUUGCAGGAGGUCCAUACCGACGAACACUUCUCCGCAGUAUCAUGAUCAUCGCCCUUCUUGACAAAGCACGUCGUAUACCGGGAAAUUCUCUACCACGGUGUUUGUUCAACAGUUCUUCUCCCCAUAAAUCAUCUUCGGCGGCAUUGCAAGCACUAGCCAACCUGCUGCUUCCUUCAAUGGGUGACAUUAACCGUCAAGUAAGCCAUUUAGACUUCGACCUAUCUUACAAGCAACAUCAGCUACAGGAUUACGACUUCCGGAUACAUAAUUUAGCAGUGGAUUUGCGUGAUGGCGUUAUUUUGACGAGAAUCGUGGAAAUCUUGCUUUAUCCUAGUGCUUCUAGUUUUCACGCUAGGAGAGAGAGUAUUGGUGUUACAGACGAAACGUCUCUCUCAGGAGAUGAAGCAACUGAAUAUCCGCUUUCUCAGAAACUCAAAUUUCCUUGCGUCAGUAGAGCAUGCAAGAUUUUCAACGUGCAAAUUGCGCUCGGCGCCCUCAAAAAAGUUACUGGCAUCAACCAAGUUGCCAAGGAACUUUGUGCAGACCACAUAGUUGAUGGGUACCGCGAAAAAACGAUUGCCCUACUAUGGCUACUGGCCGGCAAAUGGGGCUUGUCGGAGAUUGUGGACUGGGAUGAUGCAAGGAAUGAAAUUGUGCGUCUGCAGAAGAAGCUAGCCCUGGAUCAAGGCGGUCAAGAUAGCAAAGUGCAGAAGUUAAAAGACACAAUCGUCUAUGAAUCACAUGAGGACUUGCUCGUAAGGUGGGCCUCGGUGAUCGCUCAACUCAAAGGACUACAGCUUGUCAACCUCACAACUAGCUUUGCGGAUGGCAAGAUAUUCGAAAGCAUUGUAUCCGAAUAUGAAGCUUUCCUCCUAGGGCGAGACUCGAGCACGGAGCUGCACGCGACUGAUAAGGGAUCAUUGCAAUCCCGGCUGCAAGCGCUAGGCUGCAGUUCUCAGUUUGCAUCGCUUGUCGCUGGGUCAACUUCUAGCUCCCGAAUAUUUGAUCGGGACUUUGUGCUUGGAGCUUUAACUUUCCUAUGUUCCCGCCUUUUAUCCUCAUCGAAGUGUAUCCGUGCUGCUAUUACCAUCCAGCAAGCAUGGCGACGAAUAUCAUCUCAGGAGAAUCUUCGCCGCCGCAUGAUUAAGAAGGACAUUGCCGAGCAAUGUUUAGAAGCGCCCCCCACCCGCCCCAGCUUUGAGAUGAUGGCAUCCUCUACCGCCAUUAUCGAGUUAGAGCUUCAACCAGUCCAGGAAAGAAGCAAAGCCAAUGAACAGAAAUCCUAUCAGAGUGUAUCAGGCUCAACACUGGCGAAAGAAGGACAAGUGCCGGAUCUUGAGACCUCGUCUUCGGGGCAGCAACCAGCUGUGGUUGUGCAUGCUCUCGAGAGAUGGAAUGAUCCAGCUGUGAAUAUAUACCGAUUAUUUGCUACAUUCUGGGCCUUUGUAGUAAUGGGUGCGAAUGAUGCUGCUUAUGGACUUGAAACAUACUACAAUCUAAGCUACACAGUCGUCUCACUGGUCUUCCUCUCCCCCCUCGCCGGUUACGGCGCUGCAGCGCUCCUCAACAACGCGAUCCACAUGCACUUCGGCCAGCGCGGCAUUGCAGCUAUGAGCUCCUCGUUUCACCUACUGGCCUAUAUCAUAAAUUCAGUCCAUCCACCCUACCCCGUUCUCGUCGUCUCUUUCAUAUUCGCUGGUUUGGGUAAUGGCCUCGCAGACUCAGCCUGGAACGCGUGGAUUGCGAAUCUCGCCAAUGCGAAUGAACUCCUGGGACUUUUGCAUGGGUUUUAUGGCUUGGGCGCUGUGUUGAGUCCACUUAUUGCUACGUCUUUGAUCACGAAGGCGGAUUGGCCGUGGUUUUCUUUUUAUUAUUUGAUGAUUGGUGGCGCCGCAAUUGAGCUGGUGGUGACCUUUGCUGCAUUCCGAUCUGCAGACAAGCACGAUUUCCGGAAACGCACUGCCUACAGUGCCGAUAAUCAGAAAGAUAAUCGGUUGAAGCAGGCUCUUUUCUCCAAAGCUGCCGCGCGCGUGACAUGGCUUUGUGCCGCUUUUUUGCUCGGGUACGUAGGCACUGAAGUCGCCCUGGGAGGCUGGAUUGUGACAUUUAUGAUGCGCGUGCGUGAUGGGGGUGCUUUUGCUAGUGGAAUGACGGCAACUGGUUUCUGGAUAGGGAUUACUGUUGGCCGAGUAGUGCUGGGGUUUGUGACGCCUCGAAUAGGCGAGAAACUCGCCAUUAUAGCCUAUCUAGCCUCAGCCAUGGCGUUUGAGCUCAUAUUCUGGCUCAUUCCUCAAUUUUAUGUCUCUGCUGUUGCUAUCGCCAUUGAGGGUUUCUUCCUUGGCCCCUUGUUCCCCGCCGCAGUGGUUGCGGCUACAAAGUUGCUGCCGAAACAUCUCCAUGUAUCCUCGAUCGGAUUUGCAGCUGCGCUGGGAGGCACGGGGGCUGCUAUUUUCCCGUUUGCCGUCGGAGCUAUUGCGCAGGCGAAAGGCGUGCAGGUCUUGCAGCCUUUUGUUUUGGGCUUGCUGAUUGCUGUGUUGGCUGCUUGGCUGUUUUUGCCUCGUAUGCCUAGAAGUUAUCUCCGCUCUACUUGA